AUGGUACACGUCACUGCUUGUGCAGGGGAGUAUAGGCUGUGUUGUCAGCCUAGUGUCAGUCUGAUGAAGAUUGGCAUUCAGGUCUCCAUGUGAAGCUGUCCCAUGAUGCAACAUGUGUCCCCAGCACCAGCACUGACAAUGAUGGCCACCCAGAGCGUUCCUCCACCAUCGUACCAGGAGAGCCAACAGAUGACAGGCACCACCCAACAGAACUCCAAGGCCCAGCAGGUCCACAUCACAGCAUCCACUGCGGCUGGGAACACCCCCGUCAGUGUGACCCUUGACCCCCAGGCCCAGCUGGAGUCAGACAAGCGGGCCGUGUACAGACACCCUCUAUUCCCACUGCUGGCCCUGCUGUUUGAGAAGUGUGAGCAGGCCACCCAGGGCUCCGAGUGCAUCACCUCUGCCAGCUUCGAUGUGGACAUCGAAAACUUUGUCCACCAGCAGGAGCAGGACCACAAGCCGUUCUUCAGUGAGGACCCUGAGCUGGACAACCUGAUGGUGAAGGCCAUCCAGGUGCUGAGGAUCCACCUGCUGGAACUGGAGAAGGUUAAUGAGCUCUGCAAGGACUUUUGCAACCGCUACAUCACCUGCCUCAAGACCAAGAUGCACAGCGACAACCUGCUUCGCAAUGAUCUGGGCGGACCCUACUCGCCCUCGCACACCUCACUUAGCCUGCAGCAGGACCUCCUCCAGACGUCCUCUCCGUCCAUGACAUCAGUCUCCAGCUCCGUCAACUCCUCGGGAAUCAUGGUGCCCACCGGGACCCUGCAACAGGGCAACAUUGCCAUGACUACCAUCAACUCCCAGGUGGUGUCAGGUGGAACCUUGUAUCAGCCGGUUGCCAUGGUGACAUCGCAAGGGCAGGUGUUAACCCAGGGACUCUCCCAGGGGACCAUCCAGAUCCAGAAUUCACAGGUAAACCUGGACUUGGCUUCACUCUUGGACAGUGACGACAAGAAGCACAAAAACAAGAGAGGGGUCCUGCCCAAGCAUGCCACCAACAUUAUGCGCUCCUGGCUCUUCCAGCACCUCAUGCAUCCCUACCCAACAGAGGAUGAGAAAAGACAGAUUGCAGGACAAACCAAUCUCACCUUAUUACAGGUCAACAACUGGUUUAUCAACGCUCGCAGGCGCAUCCUCCAGCCCAUGCUUGAUGCCAGUAACCCAGACCCAGCCCCCAAGGCUAAGAAGAUGAAGUCCCAACAUCGUCCAACCCAGCGCUUCUGGCCAGACUCCAUUGUGGCUGGAGUCUUGCAGACACAUGGACCUCACUCUAAUAACGCCGACAACCCCCUAAGCUUUGACAGCCUCCAGCCCCUGUCCUCUGUCUCAGCCACACUGUCCAUGCAGCAAGCCAUGCUCGGGGGAACCGAUGACUCCAUGGAUGGCACAGAGGAAGAGGAAGAGGAAGAAGAAGAGGAAGGGAUGGAAGAGGAGGAGGAAGAGGAGGAUGAUGAGGAGGAAGAGAGCGAGGGAGGAAGGAGAGAUCUGGGCAUGGAGCAUAGAGAGGGACUCGAGUAAUGAGAGAUGUUAGAGGACUACGUGACCUUUUGACCUUUUGACACCUGGGUUGUGUUCAUUAGUCACCAAAUGGAAGAACAUUUUGACUGACUUCUCCAAUAAGAAACAGUCAUUUUCAAUUUCUGUUGCCCUAACGCACACAACCCAGCCCAUACACAAAAGAAAAUGCUGGGUUGUUUGGAUGACCCAACCUCAGGGUUGCAGGCAUUGGGUCACAUAGUUUGGUUGUUUUCUUUGAAAAUAAAAAUAUUGGGUUGUUGAUGGUGGGUUAUUAAGAUAUGACCCAGCGGGUCAGAUCAGAAGACUGGAGGCGUAGCCUUCAUAUAGUUAUUUUUGGGCACCCGUGAGUGUAAAUGUCAUUCUUGUUCAUCUGUUCUGUUAUCACAUGUUAAGGCUGAACACGGACAGUUUUGUAGCUUUAAUGACGCUUACAAAAGUGCAUGAGUUCCUUAAGAGCUUAUGCAAAUUCCAAUGGUAAGAUAAUUACCACUUUGUUACAAUAUGUAAAUAACAUUUUAGAAUAUGUAAUUUGCAAAAAUAGUCAAGUAAAAUAGACAUGUGCAAACCUAACAUGAUGAACAGGUAAUAAAGUUACUCUCAUAGGUGGCAAAAAAUAACUAUCUGAAAGCCACGCCCCUAAUAAGCCCCACCUCCAGAAAAAAACACACAGCUACUGGGUCAACCCAGUAUGAAAGUGAAUAAAAAAAACACAUUUAUGGUCAAAUUAACCCAUGUUAGGGUAAUCCCAACAACCAAACAUGUUUGGUUAUUCAUGCAACCCAACUGUCUGGGUCAAAAUAAAUAUGUUAAAUAUUUACCCAGUGCUGGGUUACCAAAUAACUCAAAUUGGGUUGUUUUUAACCCAGCAUUAUUUAGAGUGUACUCUCCCACUACAACCCACACCUCCAUUCAAAGUCACCCCUUGACCAGCCCCUAGAUUCAGGCCAUAGACACACCUCGAAUGGGCCUUUUGUUUUUUCUACCAUGGAUGUCUGUAUAGAAACUACAGAUCCUUCCCAUCAGAACUCUUAAGACUGAAGAGCCUAUAUGAGGCUGAAGGUGUCCUAAAAUGGACACCAUACUAUGUGGACUAGUGGGUCACCCCAAUCCUCUUAUGUUUUAUUACAGACAAAAUUGAUGACAAUGACAAUGAAGAAAACUAUGAAGAAAACUAUGAGUUGCUGUAUAUGAGUUGCUUGUGAGCUGUACUGUAGGUCUAUACCUGGCCAUCACGUUGGGUUCCAUGCUUUGGUAUCAUCCAUGCCGUAGUCCGUUUAAAUGACUCUUUGGUUCUCAGGUUGACUCCAUUGACUCCAUAAGCACGACAUUGUCAUACAGUUUUCCACACAAGUUUUCAUGACAUUGAUGAUGAGCGAUUAUUUGCUGCAACAAAAUUGAUGUUUUCAGGUGUGAUAAAAAAAGGCUGAGGCUGCGGAUCCGUAGGUAACCGCCCCCGUCUCGCCCCUGCCCCGCCCUGCCCCUCCCCAUUGGAUCCCCAGGAAAGAUCUGUACCAUGUUCUGCACAUGUUUUUCUUUACCUCUAAUUUCCGCACACAUUUUUGUGGUCAUCCUCCGUUGAUAUUUCUCACUGUCAGUCGUGAAUGAUAAUCUUUCAAGUUUUACCGGUGAAACGUCCAUGCAGCAUCUGCAUGCCAAUCAUUUGAUCUCAAUCAGUUUCAUGGGAAUAUGCAUUUAGAUCUUCUUAGUUAUGUACAGUGUUGUUUCGAAUUAUGUACAGUGAGUGAAUUUUAGAACAGAUGGAGUUAACAAACUGUAGCAUAUCUGUGUUUUGUUUCAAAUAAAGCACAUAUUUUGCCAAGAGGCGCACGCUGUUCAUUAGAGAAAAAUGCAACCAUUAUGUUAUAUACAAUACUAUCAUUAUGUGAUCUUGCGGACAUUUAUUCAGCUUUGAUUUAAAUGUAUUAAACUAGCACCGUUCGCCAGAGUAGCCUGUUCUCUAGAAGUAAAGCAGACUGCAGAGAUUGUGCAUAAAUAGAGAAUCCCUCACAUGCUCCUAAGUUGUGGGACUUAAACCCCCAGGAAGAAAAAUCCAGUAAAAGUCGGAUCCGCAGCCACUCAGUAAAAAAAAAACAUGGAAUUAUUUGCAUCCAUGAGCAAAAACGUUUUCAGUAACCUGACAGCACAAAGUAUGUAUAUUCGAUUUUUAACAUUUGUGUUAUGUUGUUGAAGGCUUGCAUAUUUAUUAUGUUCUUUCUUAGAGCUCUCAGAAGGCGGUCCAAGCGGAACCUUCUUUGUAGAAUGCACAAAGUUACUGUUGUGACGUUCUGGAGGUCUUGCAAUUGCGUGAAUCUGAGUUAUCGAAGUUACUGAUGGCCAGUCAAGCUGACAAAAUCUCUAGACUGUACAAAAUGUCACAUUGAGAAUUCACAUGACAAACAAAACACUGCCCUGGUAACAGUGUCUCAAUGAGUUAAAGAAAAACACACCAACAUGGAGAGAGGUGAUGUCUUCAAUUCAUAUUAACUGACAGCCUUUACAAGAAAAAUGCAAUUUGAAGCAGAAGCCUGGAGAUUUAAAGAGAAUAGUUAAAUUCCUGCCAUAUCUUUUACGUGAAGGAUUUGAAGAAACUGUGAAAACUAAUCUCAGCUCUCUUUUUGUGCUAAACAAAAUCCACAAAAUGGAGUCACCCAUUUCUGAUGUGAUGUCUUGAAAAGAAAAGAAAAACCUGUUCUUGAAUUCUUGGUCUUUGUGAAGUAUGUUCUUCAUUAUUCAUUUUCUUGAUUGCUUAUUUUUUUAAACGGUUUUUCCAGCGCAGGUGACAAUAGGGAAACAUUUUUUUUUAGUUUGUACACAUUAAUGUCAUAAUCUAUUCUGUUUCAAUAGACCAUUUUUAAUAAUUAAAGAUAUAAAGCUACUCGUUUGAGUAUCCUUUUGAGACAGAAAAAUGUGUACAGUUCCAUUUGUGUGCAUAUGACUUUGAUUGCACAUCUUGAGCAUACAGUGUACAUAUUAGGACAGGCUUAGUCUGAGUCUAUUAUAGAAACUGUAUGAGUAUGACACAGUGAAUGUGUGACGU